AUGGCUUAUCCUCGCUCAGGGACAUUAGUUGUCCUCCUAAUAGUGUUAGAAGUACUAUUGAGCGUGGGUCACUCCAGUCCCCACUUCAUACAAUCACGUGCUGCUUAUUAUGAAACUCCAGACGGCUUAGGAACUCCCAGUGGCGCUUGCGGAUACGUUGAGUAUGGGAGGGACCUCAGGGGUGGAAAUGUUGCUGCAGCAACUCAGUCAUUAUACAGAAAUGGGGCUGGAUGUGGCGCUUUCUAUAAGGUGACAUGCAAAAAUAAGUACCUCUGCGCAGACAGUGGAGUAAUAGUAGUGGUCACAGAUCAUGGAGAAGGCAAUCGAACUGAUUUCAUUAUGAGUCCUCGUGCUUUCAAGACUAUGGCCAAGCAGGGUAAAGAUAAGCAAUUGAAGGCUUUGGCUGUUGUUGACAUUGACUACAAACGAGUGCCUUACAAGAAUCCAGGACACAAUAUAUGUUUCAAGAUUAACAAGAGCAGCAAUUACCCCGAUUAUCUAUCUUUGGUGUUGCUGUACCAAGGAGGCCAAAAAGAUGUUGUGGCUGUUGAACUUUCUCAGGAGAAAACUUCUGAUUGGAAAGCAAUGCGGAGGAGCUAUCGGGUUGUGUGGGACAUACUAAUGUCACCUCCCACAGGCAAUCUCGCUAUUCGGUUCCCACUUUAA